AUGGCUAUGUCUGUAUUGUAUAAUAAGGCGUGUUGCCGGGACAAUGGACAAUUAGGUACACCUUGCCGAUUGAAAAUGAUGGAACUUGUUGAAUUAAGAGCGAUGGGUUGGAGGCCAAGUUUGGCUCAUACACAGUAUUAUUUGAACCGUCCAGAACAUCAGUCACCAAUUGGUGGGCCAUCAUUUGCUUUUUUUCAAAAUAUUUUACGUUAUGUUCGCUAUAAAAUUUAA